AUGACGUAUUCCGACCAUGUGACAAGGGAAAACGAGUUUCCCUACGGAAGCAGUAACAUUAAUUACAGCAUUCAACUGACUCGUUGGUUUCUGACGCCGAUCGGCGCCUGGCCGCGAAUGAGCGCGGCGACGAGGGUGAAAAGGCUCUCCUCGCACAUGCACAUUUUAACAUGCAUAUCUCUGAUAGCGAUCAUCAUGGUGCCGUGUCUGUUGUACGUGUUGCUGGAGGAGAAGGAUCGCGAGAUCAGGUUGAGCGCCAUGGGUCCGCUGAGCCACUGGAUAAUGGGCAUGAUCAAUUAUUGCCUGCUGCUCACGCGCAGCGACGACAUUCGCGAGUGCGUGCUGCACAUGGAGACGGACUGGCGGCUCGUGCGGAAGAUCGAGGAUCGCCGGGUGAUGAUGCGACAGGCCAAGAUCGGCCGCUUCGUCGCCGGAUUCUGCGCGGUGUUCAUGCAAAGCGGCACGUUCCUCUUCGUCGUCGCGAAAUCGUUGUCGACCACCAUCGUCAUCGUCGGUAACGAAACCGUCACGAUGCACCCGAUGAGUUGCCCGAUGUGCACAAAAUUCAUCGACGUGAGAUUCAGCCCCGCGAACGAGAUCAUAAUGCUUGUCGAGUGGCUGUCGUGUUUCGUGGUGAACUCCGUUACGGUGGGCGAGUGCAGCCUCGACGCGGUCUUCGCGAUGCACGCGUACGGUCAGCUAAACAUACUGUUCUCAUGGUUAAACGAACUUAUCGUGGACGAGAAUAAGGGAAACAAGGGCACCAAGCAAAGGCUGGCUGUUAUCGUGGAGCACCACUUGAGGGUGCUAAGUUUUAUAUCACGUAUAGAAACUGUUAUGCGACAUAUCUGUCUCGUGGAAUUGCUGGGAUGUACGAUGAAUAUGUGUUUACUGGCAUAUUAUUUUAUUACGAAUUUGGACUCGUUUGAUAUGGCAAAAACAAUAUCAUAUGUCAUUAUAUACCUAUCUAAGGCCUUCAAUAUUUUUAUAUUUUGUUACAUCGGUGAGAUUCUUACAGAACAGUGCAAAAAUGUCGGCGAAAGAGCGUAUAUGAUUGAUUGGUAUGAAUUACCGCACAAAACUGCCCUCGGACUUAUUUUGAUAAUAGCACGAUCGAGUAACGUUAUCAAGAUGACCGCUGGAAAAUUAUUUCAGUUGUCUAUCGCAACUUUCGGUGAUGUAAUUAAAACUUCCGUGGUAUAUUUGAAUAUGUUGCGAACGAUGCGAGCAUCCUCUACGUGAAUUACAU